AUGUCUGAAACAACCCCCAACUUCAAUCUUAAAUUAACCCUAGAACUUAAAGGAGCUCGUGUAUUUGGGGAAAGACAUUUGCUACUGGUUCCAGUGAAAAUGGAAGGACAGCGAGAGGCGAAUCGACGGCUUCACUUUGAUCACCUCUCCCCCUUGCCUUCACCACCGCUUCUGCUUUUGGAGAAAAUUAGCGCUAACCAAAAGAUUUGGAUUUUCGUCGAAAUUGAGAUCAAAUUUCCUCCUCAGAUCUGCAACGGCUCAACUGACGUGGAUAGCAUUUCCACGUUGAUUGCUUUACAGACAAGGAGCAACUUUUACCAUGUCAGAGAUGGUUUGAUUUCCUUGCUGAGAAACUGUUUAGAACUAGAAACCCAACACAAUUCAUCAGUAACCAUAUUGUCUGGUUAUGUGGACCACUUCCAAAGCCUUCCGUCCGUGGAUGUUGGUUGGGGUUGUGGCUGGCGCAACAUCCAAAUGCUGAGCUCUCAUUUGCUUGCUUGCAGACAGGAAGCUAGACAAGUCCUGUUUGGUGGUUCGGGUUUUGUUCCUGAUAUUGCCUUCCUCCAACGUUGGCUUGAGAUUGCUUGGGAAAGGGGAUUUGAUCCACCUGGUGCCCAGCAUUUUAACUGCAAAAUCUAUGGUUCCAUUCAUAGGAUCGGGACUACUGAAUGUGCUUCUCUUUUGCGUUCAUUUGGUCUUCGUGCUAGGGUGGUUGACUUUGGCCCGGAGGAAUCUCAGCCAUUUUAUCUUUCUGUUCCUAGCUCUACUGCUGGACAACCAGUGAUGAAAAGGAACGCAAUCCAAGUUUCUGGACCUAUGGAUAGAUACGUUCAUCAACAGCAGGGUUUGAAGAAGCGAAGUCACUCUUGUGUGUCUUUGGGCAAUGGAAGGAGUGAUAAUUCUAAAGGGAAAAGUGAGGGACCUCAGGUUCUGGUUGAUUGGGUGUGGAAUUACUUUUCAGAUACUGGGUUAACCAUAUCUGGCUCCAGUCGUGUUGUAGUCACUGAUAGAGCGUAA